CCAGCAACAAGCCAUCAUAUUUUGGCAUCUCUUUUCUGUGAUGUUUGGUUUUGCAAAUCUCGGAAAGUGGAACAGUCAUCAAAUUUUGCUUCUCUGCUUGUUUGUAGAGAUUUCUAGGUUUCUGGAAGGUUCUUCGAUUUGUCAUCAUGUCUUCUUCUCUGAUACUCCGUGGAAGAAGAAGGUUCUUUGAGUUGCAGAGAUGGCGUCAUUUGAGAUUCGCAGUGCAAAAUGCAUCUCCUUUCUCCUCUGCUACUGCUUCUGGUGCUUCUGCGAGUCGAAAAGGUCCCAACUUUACAGGCUCUACUUACCUCGUUGAGUCUCUGGGUUUCACCACAAAACUCGCAGAAUCCAUCUCCAGGAAGGUGAAUUUUAAGGACAACAAGGUUAACCCAGAUUCUGUUCUGGAUCUCUUCAGAACUCACGGGUUCACAGAUUCUCAGAUCUCCAGUAUCAUUACGGGUUACCCUCAAGUGCUUAUAGCAGAUGCUGAGAGAUCCCUUGCUCCCAAGCUUACGUUUUUAAAGUCAAGAGGAGCUUCAACCUCUGAGCUCACCGAGGUUCUCAUAAAGGUUCCUAAAAUCCUGGUUUCCAAAAAGGACAAAGCUUUAAGCGUAUACUAUGACUUCGUCAAAGAUAUUAUAGAAGCUGACAAGAGUUCCAAGUUGUCUCCUUCUUCUUUGCCACGGGGUAUUCCACAAGAGAACAAGAUGAGGAACAUAUCAGUCUUGAGAGAAUUGGGCGUGCCUCAGAAGUUGUUUCUCACAUUGCUAAAAUCUGAUGUCCAGCUUGUGUGUGGGAAAGAGAGGUUCGAAGAGUCACUCAAGAAGGUCCUUGAGAUGGGCUUUGAUCCUACAACCCCUAGGUUCGUGGAAGCUCUGCGCAUGAUUUACGCUUUGAGCGACAAAACAAUCAAAGGAAGAGUUGAAAUCUAUAGAGGGCUAGGCUUGGCUGUGGAGGAGGUGUGGACAAUCUUCAAGAAGUGGCCAAUCUUCCUGGGAUACUCGGAGAAGAAUAUAGCUGACUCUGUUGAGACAUUCAUAGCCCUGGGCUUCAGCAGAGAUGAGUCUGUUUUGAUUGUCAAGCGGUUUCCUCAGUGCCUUGGAUUAUCUGCUGAGUUGGUGAAGAAGAAGACUGAGUUUUUGGUGGAGGAGAUGGAUUGGCCGCUUAAGGCUUUGGUUUCAAACCCUCAGGUACUUGGACUGAGCAUGGAGAAGAGGAUUGUCCCGAGGUGUAAUGUAAUCAAAGCUCUCAUGACUAAAGGAUUGCUUGGAAGUAAACUCCCUUCAGUACCUUCUGUCUUGUAUUGUACCAAUGAUACCUUUUUAGAAAGGUAUGUGAUGAAGCAUGAUGAUGAGCAGCUUGUGGCUGAGUUGAUGGGUAUUUUCACCAGAGGUCGUGUUUCAACUUAAUGAGCAACUUUAGUGGUUGUUAUUUUUUGUUUCUCUGUUAGAUUUUAGAUUCAUCUGUGGAUCUUUUGAUGCUGACUAUAGGAAACAGAGGAAAUGCAUCUUUAUAUAAAAAAAUUUUUUUUUUGACAAGUAUGUGAUGAGAGGAUGGUGUUUUCAGUCACUGAUCAGAUACACCAGUGAAAACAGGAUGAAUCUUUUGAUGCCUAACUGUUUAUGAAUGUCUUGAAACCCAUUUGGUAAUAAUCUCAAUUUGAUUCGGAUCCAACCUGUGUUCCUUCUCUUUGUGUUUGUAGCCUAACAAUCAUCAGUUAGUGAGCUCUUUUUUCUCUAUGCAUCUACUGCAGGGUAUAAAGAGAUGGUGAAAAAAAGAGUAGAAAAAGGCUGAAUCUUUGACUCCCUUGUUUAAUAGUAGAAUCUUUGUUUCUUACUUAGAUUGUUCAUUUCUAAGCUACACCUUAAUGUCAUUUAAAAGAGCAGGAG